GGCAGAACUAUUGGGAAGAGACGCACCACCAUUGCACCCCAAUGUGUUCAAUCACAGUCAAAGCCUCAUAUUAUGGACCCUCUAUCUGCUUAAUCUGUUUUAGAAUUGAAGAAAUUUCUGAGGAUGAUGUCUUGGCUGUCUCAUGGAGAAGCACACCAGAAUUAUUAUAUCUGGAGUACACAAUUUCAAUAUUGUCAAAAUCUUGCUAAAGAACAGGAGGAAGAUAUCAUCUGUGAUUUGCGUUCUAUUCCCACUGAAGAAGAAAUCAUUCUUAAAACUCUAAAUUCAGCAAUGCAUGAAUUUGAGGCACCUUCAACUCAAGAUCUAGAAAAGAAUGAUGUUGAAGUAAAUCUUGAACAUGACAGAUAAGGACCUUCUGAUGAUCGAAUUGAUGCAACACCUUUUGAAUAAGAGAAAGUGGUAGAGAAAAUUGGUGUUACUUUUGUUGCAGUGUUGCUACAGAGGAAAUCAAAUCAGCUGCUGCUGAGGAUGAAGUUGUCAAAGGGCUAGAAGCUCCUUCCUCAGUACAAGCGGAGAAGAAAAGAGAUAUAAAGAAGAGGUCCCUGCCUUACAAAAAAACUGUUUCUUUAAAGGAAAUCCAAACAAAAGUUUCCUUUGAAAGACGCUUAAGCAUCCUCUGCACCAUCUCAGCAGAAGUCCAAGAAAUGCUCUAGUGCUGCAACCACCACUUCACCAAUUGUUAGGAAGAAGGCUCUAAUUAAAUCUGCCAACAGUUCAGGGAAGUCCUCUCGUACUUACUUCAUAUCCUCUAGUGCAUCAGAUUUUAUGCCAUUUGUUUCAAAGAAAAACAUCCUUCCUCAAAGAAACAUUGAUAUUAAAGAUUUUGAGUCAAAGAUGAACCUACUUGGUGUGAUAAGAAGUAUAUGUUAGUACACGUGCGAUCUAUGAUAUGAAGCUUUCCUAAAGUUUAGUACACUGCUGAUCUAGAAUAGGGUUGCAAGCACGUGGAGAAGAUCAUGAAGAAGUGUAGCAAGCCAUGAAAAGAGCUCAGACAGAGUUUGAGUCAGAAGCUUUAGAAGAGGCACUGAAGGCUCAACUAUUGGAACAUUUUGAUAGAAACAACUACGCCAAACUUGCUACAUGCUUUGAGGACAUAUUGCAAAAAGAUCCCACCUGUGAGUAUUCAUUGGGAAGGCUCGUUUGCUUGUAUCAAAAAGGGGACUAUAGCACUGAAAAAUUGGUGGAAAAGAUAGCCUCAAACUUAGAUGCUACUUGUGCUAAGUGCAACAUAUGGAGGGAGUUUGCGUCUCUCUUGCUGAAGCUUUCUCAAAUUGAAGGAGACUGUGUAUCUGUCUGCGCUGAUGAUGAUGAUGAUGAUGGACCGAAGCAACAACCAUCUGAGUUCGUUAGUAGUCGUGUCCCAGAAAUUUUCAUUGCACCUGGAUCAGGAGAAUCAUGGAGGCUUCGUUGCAGAUGGUGGCUUACACGUCACUUCAGCAAGAGCAUACUUGUGUCUGAUAUUGCUUCAGGCGACCUGGAGCUCCUCACUUACAAGGCAGCAGCCUCGUGUCAUCUUUAUGGGCGAGAGUUUGGAUAUGUGGUACAGGUUAGUGAGUUCUUGAAGAAUACAAAUAAUACGGACAUGUUGUUUAUACUAAAUAGGCAUGUCCACAACUCUGCCGGGUUUUAUUUGAAUUUAGACAGGAAGAUGCUAUAAAAUCUUGUUUCAGCCACAGGCGUCCUUAUUUAUUCAGCAUUUAGCAAACGGUGUCUCAUCAUAUUAGGUCAGGAAAGAAAUUCAUGUAAAUUUCAAGUUUGCCUGCUUAACCAAGAAACUUAUUUUCCACUU